GGGGCUGAGCUACACAAAUGUCCCAGCUCAAGAAUUAGCAUUUUUUUAAAUUUUCGUCACGUGAUUAUUUUGAAAAUUGUUGUGCCCAAAAAUGUCACAUUUACAGAGUUUGAGAAUGUUCUUCCUCAGAAGGAGAAUACAAAAUAUAGAACUAAUAUUAAAGUGUCUAAAAAUGCGGAAUAGUGAUAGCGCCAACGAUACGUACCUUCCAGACACAGUAGUUCCAAAUCAUUAUUUUCGUAUGAUUGGGAAUUCUCGAUUUCACGAUUACGGUAAUAAUAGUCGCCAUGGCGAUUGGAGCAAAGGAGGUUAUAGGAGCUGGAGAUUUGUGCCGAGUAGUCUCGGCCUUGCUGUAGCUCUCUGUGAAGGGCAUAAUUUUAGUAAAGUUGACAUUGCAGAAAAACGGUUCUUCCGAGCGGCACAGUAUGGCAACAUUCCAGAUCUAAAGAAGGCUUUAGCUGAUGGUAUGAAUGUAAAUUCGAAGCAUCCUUUGGGCUGGACGGCUUUACAUGUUGCUGCUAUUAAUGGAAAAUCAGAAGUGGUAAAAUUUUUAAUAUCGAAUGGAGCCGAUAUAAACGCAGGGGACGAAUUUAUUAAUGUUUACAAAACCGCAAUGGAAAAGGGCUUACAUACCCUAGAUGUGCUCACAAAACGUGAUGAAGAAUUUUCAGACCAUUUAAAUAAAAGAGCCACUUUUAAAGGCUGUACAGCACUUCACUACGCGACUUUAUCAAAUUCCAAAGAAUGUGUCAAAUACUUACUGGAUGCAGGAGCAAAUCCUGCAAUAGAAAAUGAAGUAGGCCAUCGUGCUAUAGAUUAUGCAAAAGAAGGAGAAGUUAAAGAAUUGCUUAUUGAAUAUACUCUUAAAUACGACGAAAUACUUAAAGAAAAUGAAGCAGAAGAGAGAAGAAGAUUUCCUUUAGAACAAAAAUUAAAACAGUACAUAGUUGGACAAGAGGGUGCCAUUUCCGUCGUUGCUUCUGCUAUCCGAAGAAAGGAGAACGGUUGGAUAGAUGAAGAACAUCCAUUAGUCUUUCUAUUUCUUGGCUCAUCAGGGAUCGGUAAAACAGAAUUAGCAAAACAGUUAGCUAGCUACAUUCACAAAAAUAAAACUGGAAGCUUCAUUAGGCUUGAUAUGUCUGAAUAUCAAGAAAAGCAUGAAGUCGCAAAACUUAUUGGAGCACCUCCAGGAUACGUAGGUCAUGAUGAUGGGGGUCAGUUGACUAAGCUUUUAAGAAAAUAUCCAAAUGCUGUUGUAUUAUUUGAUGAAGUGGAUAAAGCACAUCCUGAUGUAUUAACAGUUCUUUUGCAACUUUUUGAUGAGGGGCGACUGACUGAUGGAAAAGGAAAGACAAUUGAGUGUAAAAGUGCAAUAUUUAUAAUGACUUCAAACUUAGCAAGUGAGGAAAUUGCAGAGCACGGAAUGCAGCUAAGACAAGAAGCUGAACGUUUAUUUACGCAUAGACUUGAUAAGAACGCGAAUGAAGAUCAGGAACCAGAACAAAUAAAAAUAUCGCGAAAUUUCAAAGAUGAAGUCGUGCGACCAAUUUUAAAAUCUCACUUUCGUAGGGACGAGUUCUUAGGACGGAUCAAUGAAAUUGUUUAUUUCCUGCCAUUCUCUAGAACAGAACUUAUCCAAUUAGUAGCUCGAGAACUUGAAGCAUGGGCCGUUCGAGCUCAAGAACGUCACGGAAUUGAAUUGAAAUGGGACAGAGAAGUCUUGUCAGCCUUAGCGGAUGGAUAUGAUUCACAUUAUGGUGCUCGUUCGAUUAAAUACGAAGUUGAAAGGAGAGUCAUCAAUCAGUUAGCAGCAGCUCAUGAACGAGGCCAAAUAGGAAAAGGAUGCUGCGUGCUAGUGAAACCCAAGUGGCACGAAAGCGGCGUCAGCAUUUGCCUGUCUGUUCGACCCGCAGGAGUAAAUAAAUUCGUGGAUAUUGCAGUUGCAGAUGACGUGAUUAAAAAAGUCAACGUAAAUGGAUUUACGUCAGCGACAAACGUAUUUUUUACACGAUAAAGUUUGUAGUUUUAGAAAUUAGGUGUCAAAAAGUCUCAGGGAGCUAAACGUUCAAACUACGAAGUUGUCUAUAUUUUAGGAUCUGUUGUAUAAAAUGUAUAUGCGUGCGAAUGAGAAAAAAGAAUGUUUAUAUGAUAUAUUACCAUUAAAUUUAUCCGUAAAUUAUUA